UGAGAGCGAGUUGCCAAAAUAGCCCCUUGAGUAAGUGGUGGCUUUAAAAACCAACCAACUGCUGACUCAAACCAGAAGGUCAGUAAAGGAAAGUGGACGUUGGAUUCUGAACGCUGGAUCAAGGAGCCCAUAGGAGUUUGUAGUCGUGGGGAUUUUGGAGACUUGAGCAAGUAGCCUGGGGGUUCUCCUUGGAUUUCUCGCCUGUUGUCUGCCCCUGUCUUCAUUCUUCAGACCCCAAGAUGAACGUGCAGGCCUGCUCCAGGUGUGGCUAUGGGGUGUAUCCUGCUGAGAAAAUCAGCUGCAUCGACCAGAUAUGGCAUAAAGCAUGUUUCCACUGUGAAGUGUGCAAGAUGAUGCUGACUGUGAAUAACUUCGUGAGUCACCAGAAAAAGCCCUACUGUCACGUCCAUAACCCCAAGAACAACACGUUCACUAGUGUCUAUCACAUGCCAUUAAAUCUAAAUGCGAAGAAGAUUCCAGGAGCCGUGGGUGGGACCCAUGACCAAGAAGAUGGUGAACAGUUUAGAUCGGUUUUUCACUGGGACAUGAAAUCCAGGGAUGGACCCGAUGCACCUCACAGGCAACCGCUGGUGAACGAGAGAGCCUACUGGCCUGGAUAUGGGGAAAGCAAUGCUUGGUGCCCAGGAGCUCUGCCAGACCCCGAAAUCGUAAGGAUGGUUGAGGCCCGACAGUCUCUUGGUGAGGCGUAUCCAGAAGACUAUGAGCAGCAGAGAGGCAAGGGGAGCUUUCCUGCCAUGAUCACACCUGCUUAUCAGAGGGCCAAGAAAGCCAACCAGCUGGCCAGCCAGGUGGAAUACAAGAAAGGGCAUGAGGAGCGCAUCUCCAAGUUCUCCACGGUGGCGGAUACUCCUGAGCUGCUGCGGGCCAAGGCAGGGGGACAGCUACAGAGUGAUGUGAGAUACACAGAGGACUAUGAACAGCAGAGAGGGAAGGGCAGUUUUCCUGCUAUGAUCACGCCUGCUUAUCAGAUAGCCAAAAGGGCCAACGAGCUGGCGAGUGAUGUGAGAUACCAUCAACAAUAUCAAAGAGAAAUGAGAGGAAUGGCGGGUCCAGCCUUUGGAGCCGAGGGCCAGCAGGGUGACUUGGAGGAGUAUGAUGAGCCCAGGGGAAAGGGCAGCUUCCCAGCCAUGAUCACCCCAGCUUAUCAGAAUGCCAAGAAGGCCAACGAACUUGCUAGUGAUAUAAAAUACAGGCAGGACCUGCACAAGAUGAGGGGCGCCGCGCAUUAUCAUUCUCUUCCAGCCCAAGACAACCUGGUUCUCAAACGGGCCCAGAGUGUGAACAAGCUUGUGAGCGAGGUGGAAUAUAAGAAGGAUCUGGAAAGUAGUAAAGGUCACAGUAUCAACUACUGUGAAACGCCUCAGUUCAGGAACGUGAGCAAGAUCUCAAAAUUCACCAGCGAUAAUAAAUAUAAAGAAAACUACCAGAACCACAUGAGAGGCCACUAUGAAGGAGUUGGCAUGGACAGACGCACACUUCAUGCUCUGAAAGUUGGCAGUCUGGCCAGCAAUGUUGCCUACAAGGCUGAUUAUAAACACGAUAUUGUGGACUACAACUAUCCAGCCACCCUUACUCCUGCCUAUCAAACAACAAUGAAACUGGUUCCCUUGAAAGAUGUCAACUACAGGCAAAGCAUCGACAAGCUGAAGUACAGCUCUGUGACCAAUACUCCGCAGAUUGUUCAGGCCAAAAUCAAUGCCCAGCAACUGAGCCACGUGAAUUACCGCGCUGACUAUGAGAAAAACAAGUUGAAUUACACACUGCCGCAGGAUGUGCCUCAGCUGGUGAAGGCCAGAACUAACGCUGAACUCUUCAGUGAGGUUAAGUACAAAGAAGGCUGGGAGAAGACAAAGGGGAAAGGAUUUGAGAUGAAGCUGGAUGCCAUGUCUCUGUUGGCCGCCAAAGCCUCGGGGGAGCUUGCUAGCAAUAUUAAAUACAAAGAAGAAUAUGAGAAAACAAAAGGCAAAGCCAUGGGAACAACCGACUCGAAGCUUCUGCACUCCCUGCAGGUGGCCAAGAUGAGCAGCGAGGUUGAAUACAAGAAAGGCUUUGAAGAGAGUAAGACCCACUUUCACCUGCCCAUGGAUAUGGUAAACAUCAGGCAUGCUAAGAAGGCCCAAGCUCUUGCCAGUGACCUGGAUUACAGGAAGAAGCUGCAUGAAUACACCGUGCUGCCUGAAGACAUGAAGACUCAGUGGGCCAAGAAAGCCUACGGGCUCCAGAGCGAGCUACAGUACAAGUCCGACCUGGCGUGGAUGAAGGGAGUCGGGUGGCUGACUGAGGGCAGUCUCAAUUUGGAACAGGCCAAGAAGGCUGGACAACUGGUCAGCGAGAAAAACUACCGGCAGAGGGUUGAUGAGCUGAAGUUCACCAGUGUGACUGACAGUGCGCAGAUGGAGCACGCCAAGAAGAGCCAGGAGCUGCAGAGCGGGGUGGCCUACAAGGCAGAGAACCAGCAGUCUAUCCACCAGUACACCAUCAGCAAAGACGAGCCUCUCUUCCUACAGGCCCGGGCCAACGCUGCUCACCUCAGCGAGAAACGGUACAAGAGCAGCUGGGAAAACCAGAAGGCAAGAGGGUUUGAGCUGAGUCUUGAUUCCUUGACCUUCCUGGCAGCCAAAGCCAAGAGGGACCUGGCGAGCGAGGUGAAGUACAAGGAGGACUAUGAGAAGUCCAGAGGGAAGCUCAUCGGGGCCAAGGGUGCACAGGGGGAUUCUCAAAUGAGCCACUCGCUGCAAAUGUCCAAACUGCAGAGCGAAUUGGAGUACAAAAAGGGCUUCGAAGACACCAAGUCCCAGUGCCACGUCUCCCUGGACAUGAUCCACCUGGCGCACGCCCGCCAGGCUCAGCACUUAGCCACAGACAUAGGCUACAGGACAGUGUCCCAUCACUUCACAGCGUUGCCCACGGACAUGAAGGUGGAGUGGGCCAAGAAGGCGUAUGGCUUGCAGAGUGAUAACCAAUACAGGGCAGAUGUGAAGUGGAUGAAAGGCACGGGCUGGGUCGCCACCGGGUCAUUAAAUGUGGAGCAGGCAAAGAAGGCAGGAGAACUCAUUAGCGAGAAGAAGUACCGUCAGCAUCCAGAUGCUUUGAAGUUUACCAGUAUUAAAGACACUCCGGAGAUGGUCCAGGCCAGAAUUAGUUAUACCCAAGCAGUGGAUAGGCUGUACCGGGAACAAGGAGAGAACAUAAAGCAUCAUUACACGCAGACCACAGACCUGCCUGAGGUCCUGCUGGCCAAGCUGAAUGCCAUGAACAUCAGUGAGACACGGUAUAAGGAAUCCUGGAGUAAACUUCGAGACGGUGGAUAUAAACUGAGGUUGGAUGCCAUUCCGUUCCAGGCAGCAAAGGCUUCUAGUGAAAUCAUAAGUGAUUACAAAUACAAAGAGGCAUUUGAGAAAAUGAAAGGACAGAUGCUUGGCUCCCGGAGCUUGGAAGAUGAUCUCAGCCUUGCACAUUCAGUGCAUGCGACCUCACUGCAGAGUGAUGUGAAUUACAAGAAAGGCUUUGAACACUCAAAGGCACACUUCCAUCUGCCGUUGGACAUGGUAACCCUGGUGCACGCCAAGAAGGCUCAGACCCUGGCCAGCGACCAGGACUACAGACAUCCACUCCCCCAGCACACAUCCUUGGCAGAAGACCUGAGGCUGCGCUGUGCCAAGAAAGCUCACAAGUUGCAGAGCGAGAAUUUGUACCGCUCAGACCUGAACUUCAUGCGAGGCGUUGCCUGCGUCAUUCCAGGCACGUUAGAGAUUGAAGGAAGAAAGAGGGCAUCUGAGCUCAUCAGUGAGAGUAAAUACCGUCAGCAUCCUGGGUCGAUCAAGUACACGACUGUGACGGACACCCCCAAUCUCCUUCAUGCAAAGUUCAGCAACCAGAUUACCAACGAGCGUCUCUAUAAAGCAGCUGGAGAGGAUGCUAGACACCAGUACACAAUGACCCUGGGUCUGCCCGAGUUUGUCCGAGCAAAAACAAAUGCGGCCAAUCUGAGCGACGCAAAAUACAAGGAGUCUUGGCAUAAUCUCCGUGCUCAAGGCUACAAGCUGACAAUAGAUGCGCUCCCCUUCCAGGCUGCAAGGGCCUCUGGGGACAUCGCCAGCGAUUUUCUCUACAGACACGACUUUGUGAAGGAGCGAGGGAAGCUCAUCGGGAUCCGCAGUGUAAGCGAUGACCCCCGGCUGCGGCACUGUCGGCUCAUGGGCCAGCUGCAAAGUGAGCAUCAGUACAAGAGGGAGGCAGCCGGCAGCCAAGCCCAGUGCCACCUACCCAUGGACAUGGUGCACCUGGUCCAUGCCAGGAAGGCCCAGGCCCUGGCCAGUGACCAUGACUACAGGACUCAGUACCACGAGUUCACAGCGCUACCCGAAGACUUGAAGUUGGCCUGGGCCAAGAAAGCCCACGCCCUGCAGAGUGAGUUUCGCUACAAGUCGGACCUCAUGGCCAUGAAGGGGACAGGAUGGCUAGCACUGAGAUCCCCACAGAUAGAGAGCGCCAGGAAGGCGGGAGAACUCAUCAGCGAGACCAAAUACCGUAAAAAACCAGACAGUAUCAAGUUCACCACAGUGGUUGACUCCCCAGAUCUGGUUCACGCCAAGAAUAGCUACAUGCAUUGCAACGAGCGCCUGUACAGGUUGGGGGAUGCAGAAGCCCUGCACAGAUACACCCUGAUCCCCGACCACCCUGAGUUCACCCGAGCCCGCCUCAACGCACUGCACCUGAGUGACAAAGUCUACAGAAACUCCUGGGAGCAGACCCGCGCUGGCGGCUACGACUUCAGGCUGGACGCCAUCCCGUUCCAGACUGCUCGGGCAUCCAGGGAGAUCGCCAGCGACUUCCGGUAUAGAGAGGCCUUCCUGCGGGACCGGGGCCUGCAGAUUGGCUACCGCAGCAUCAACGAUGACCCGAGGAUGAAGCAUUUCCUGAACGUCGGCAGGCUCCAGAGUGACAAUGAGUACAAGAAGGACUUUGCCAAGAGUCGGUCCCAGUUCCACAGCCGCACAGACCAGCCUGGCUUCCUCCAGGCCAAGAGGAGCCAGCAGUUGGCCAGCGACGUGCAUUACCGGCAGCCCCUGCCCCAGCCCACGUGCGACCCCGAGCAGCUGGGCCUGAAGCACGCGCAGAAGGCCCACCAGCUGCAGAGUGACGUCAAGUACAAAUCAGACUUGAACCUGACUAGGGGUGUCGGCUGGACCCCUCCCGGCUCCUACAAAGUGGAAAUGGCUCGGCGGGCUGCAGAACUGGCCAACAUGAGGGGCCUGGGUCUCCCGGGGGCUUAUGGGGAGCCGGAGGUGGUGGAGGCUGGAGGUCACCCGAGGGGGGAGGUGAACCCAGAUGCCACUGAGAUUCUGCACGUCAAAAGGAAAAAGGCUCUGUGGAUGUGAGCAGGCAGCCCACCCCCCAUUCUCGAGAGAGACGCCACAGAGGAAGUCUGCUUGCCAGACACAUCCGUGCCCAAGAUGGCUUCGGUUUGGGCAAGCUGUGAAACACAGCACACCAGCCCAUCCCCAGAGCUGCCUUUAUUAAAAUAACAAUUCUGAAACCAAA